AUGAUACUCUGCUGGAAGUCAUUGGGUUUUCCAGCAGGAUUCCACUCCAGCUCACAAGGUCAGGUUAACUCACCAGUAGCUACAAAAGAACAUUCCAGAGUUCAUCUCUGCCUCGGAUUUACCCUCAGGAAGCUCCGAUCUCAACCCACUAGAUUAUCGUCUUUGGUCCGAACUGGAGAGGAUGGCAUCCCACAGAACACAUCCAAACUUGGAAAGUCUCAAACAAUCUCUGGUCCGAGCAGAUGA